AUGGCGGAAUCUAACCUCAAUCCGGAGCAGCAUCAGCCGGGAAACGGCUUGCCAGGCGGUCCACUACCGCCAGGAGUAAACCCACAACACCCGGGAAUGCAGCAAAAUCAUCAGCGGCAUUCAGCUCCAUUUUUCAACGGUCCACCAUCAGCGCAGCAAUCUUCAAGUACCAGUUCGUCUUCCGCCGAAGCAUCCUACCAGCUCUUUCGGCAGCUAAUGCAGCAGCAACAGGUAUUCAUGCAGCAGCAGCAACAACAGUUAAUGCAGCAGCAGCAAGAUUUCUUCCGGAGUGUCAUCUCAUCAAUCAGUAUUCAGGUCCCUCCAAACCCUGAAAUGAUUCUCGAUUCACUAGCAAACAAUAUCAAAGAGUUUCGCUACGAUCCGGAUGGAAACAUAACCUUCGCUGCAUGUAAACGGUAUCGGUGUUUGCAGGUUACCAAACAACCGACCGACGAUUACGUCACAUAUGCUUGUCGAUUCAACAAGACCUGCGUUGAAUUCGAGCUAAGCAAACUUAACGAGGAGCAGUUCAAAUGUCUUAUGUUUGUUUGCGGUCUAAAGUCGGAAGGAGACAGCGAAAUACGAACGCGGCUACUGUCGAAAAUUGAGGAACGCGAUGACAUUACUCUCGAUCAUCUUUCGGAAGAUUGUCAGCGAUUGUUGUGCCUAAAGCGGGACACGGCAAUGAUCGAGUCAUCAUCAUCACCGUCAUCGAAGCCGCCAGUGGAGACAGCCGGACCCGACAAAAACAUUCCCUCGACGCCCUGCUGGUUCUGUGGAGGAAUGCAUUUCGUUCGAGACUGCAGUCAUAGGAGCCACAAAUGCAAAGAUUGUGGUAUUGUCGGACACCGUGAGGGUUAUUGUUCCACUGCCAAGCGAACAUCCAAAGCCAGUCGAAACAAAAAGCACCCGGGAUCGUAUGCUACAAAAAGCUCACUUAAAUCAGCAUACCCGAGUGUGUUUAGGAACGAGCUGGGGUUGUGUACGAAAACAAAAGUGAAAUUGGAACUAAUACCAGGUACAACCCCAGUUUUUCGUGCAAAGCGUCCAGUGGCUUAUGCGGUACAUAGCAGUGUGGAUAACGAACUCGACCGACUGGAACGAGCAAAUAUCAUCACACCGGUAGACUUUUCGGAUUGGGCAGCUCCCAUCGUUGUCGUCCGAAAAACGAACGGAUCUAUUCGUAUUUGCGGUGAUUAUUCCACCGGUCUCAACAAUGCUCUGCAACCGCAUCAAUAUCCGUUGCCGCUACCAGAAAUAAUUUUCAACAAAUUGGCUAAUUGCAUAGUGUUUAGCCGAAUUGAUCUGUUGGAUGCAUUUCUGCAGGUAGAAGUGGACGAAAGCAGCCGUGAAUUGUUAACCAUCAACACCCAUCGGGGACUUUACCGGUACAACCGUCUGACACCGGGAGUCAAAGCAGCACCGGGAGCAUUGCAGCAACUUAUCGAUACUAUGCUGGCAGGCCUCCCUCAUACGUGCGGUUAUUUAGAUGACGUCGUCGUUGGUGGUGUAAAUCCUGAAAAUCACUGGGCGAACCUUCAUGCAGUGUUUCAAAGGAAUAGCGAUUUUGGUUUUACCAUUCGUGUAGAAAAGUGCAUAUUCGCUCAGCCGCAAAUUAAAUAUGUAGGUCAUCUGCUUGACCGCAACGGUCUUCGCCCGGAUCCAUCAAAGGUUCAAGCCAUCAACGAAAUGCCACCGCCCACUGACGUUUCCGGUGUUCGUUCUUUCCUAUGA